AUGUUAACGUGCACAGCUUCGCUGUCCACCACUGUCGUCUGUUGCACACUGCUGAUCGUCACUGUCACAGCCAGGCACGGACAGAGCGUGGCCCGUUUGACGACGUCCGCGGAUUGGCGCGGAGACAUCGUCCACACGACAGACAUCGAGCGUGAAGACGUCGUCCACACGACAGACAUCGGGCGCGAAGACAUCGUCCACACUACAGACAUCGGGCGCGAAGACGUCGUCCACACGACAGAAAUCGGACGUGACACCAUCACUUCGGGCGGCAGUUCUUCGUGCUGCGACGGGCAAUACACAGCCGCCACAUCGUCACCAUCGCACAACACUGUCGCAAGUCCCCGUAAAAUCCCUUUGGAUGUUAUAAUUGAACUGAAUCAGGUGACAAAUGUGUCAGAACUGUUCUCUAAAUUCAUUCCGGAUACAAAUUUGGAUGAAGCCCAAACACUUUUCUUUACAACAGGUUUUCAAAGCCGAACUACACUAAAUAUAGAAAGAAAAUCAACGUUGGUUCCUAAGCCAGCCGGUUGUUCUCCUGUACUUAAAACGGUCAGCCUUAAAGAUACUGACGAUCAAAGUUUAUAUUAUCAUCCUGCAACGUGCAUUCAGGUGUAUCGUUGCGGUGGUUGUUGCCUCCACGACUUGUUGGAAUGUCAACCGACCAAAGUCGAUACCAUCGACUAUGAAGUUAUGGUCUCACAAUAUAAAGGUGCUGGAAAAUUCGACUUCUUAGGUCGAAAAAUAGUGUCGAUAGAACAACACUUGAAAUGCAAGUGUGGAUGCGUUGUUAAACAAGAGAAUUGUACCUCCUUGCAAACGUAUAACCCAAAACAGUGUAUUUGUACGUGUAGUAACCAAGAGGACCUCGAUAAGUGUAUCGAAGAAAACGGUUUAAAACUAUGGAAUUCAGCGACUUGCAGGUGCCAAUGUCGUGAAGUCAAAGAAUGUACUUCAGGAUUUGGAUUUAAUUAUAAUACAUGCAGAUGUGAAGCUUUAAGACAAAGAAUAAAAAACACUGCUUAUGAAUUCAACAAAAAUACAUAUUCAUUGGGAGAAACGUGACCUAAUCUAAAUUUUAAUGUGAAUAAUCCUUUUAUUGAUAAUUAAUAACAAUUUUUUAUAUACAGGAUAGAGCUUGACUUUUUCUAUUAAAUAUAUCAAUUUAUUUUAUA